AUGUCUAUCAAAGUCACAUUGUAUGAACUGGCGGAUCUCUCCAUAGGGACUCCGGAGAUUGGCGUUAUCAAUUUCAAUGCCCUCCAUGCUCUCCUACAUGCUGUCAUCAGCUACCUCAACAUUCAAGAUAUCAAAGCAGAUGUGAAGGUGGACAGAGGUCCUCCAACCAAGCCAGAGAUGCACUUGCUUUCUGCUGCAACUGAGGCAGGACCUAGUGAUUUAUUGGGCCAAGAGGCAUUACCAAAAGAGAAGGAGGACAAGGAAGGCAUUUUGAGAGAAGAGCCGGAUUCUCGGCUUGCUGACUUGGAAAAGAAACUAAAGCUGAUGGAGACGAAUCUCCGUGGCGUGAAAGGUCAGAUUAAAGGGAUAGAAGGCCAGGUCCAAGGGGCAUUAGGUCAUGUCCAAGAAGUAGAAAAUCAAAUCAGUGGGGUGCAAAAUCAAAUUGAGGGAAUACAAAAUGAGGUCCAUGGAGUGCAAGAUCAAACUCAGGGAGUGCAGGAUAAAGUGAAAAGAAUGGGGAAAGACCUCGUAGGGUUUGAAAAGCAGAUUGCUGGACUGGAGAAGCUUCCUUCGGGGACUGAACUGAUAGAGAAGACCCAAAGUGGAUCUGGCACAGCUGUAUCUGACAUGUGGCAAAUGAUGCAGAUGCAGAAAAAGGUUGAAGCCGGUGAGAAUGGAAUCAACCAGGCUAUGUCCCUCUUACAAGAUUUAGUGGAUGAGACAAGCAACAUGAAGUCAGCCACAAGCAACUUGGAGGACGAAGUAAAGAAAAUCAAAGAGCACUUAGCUUUUCUAGAUCCUCGUGGGCUUGAUGAUCGUUUAAAUACUUGCCUGAGCGAUCAGAGUAGUUUGGAUCACGAUUUGAAAGAUUUAGAGAAGAGGUUAAACCAAUUCCCAUCCCCAGAAGAAAUGGUACGGUGGGAAGUUCUUGAAGAUAUCCUUGUGAAGGGCAAGAGCCCGUCUCCUGAGACAAGUCCAGUCCAACACUCUCCAACUGAUUCAACCUCACCAGAAGGCAAAACUGUGGGAUCUCAACCUGGCACUGCUGCCCAGAGAACAGAAGGAGGCCAGAGCCCAUCAACUAGAUUACCAGGAGCUCAGGCAGGAGCACCAGGGGCUCCAAGUGGAGCAGCUGUCCCUGGAGCACUGCCAGGCAUUGCUGGGGUUCCAGGACCAUUUGCACCUCAGUUUGGAGCACCUGGGACUUAUCCUGGGGCACCCGGAGCCCAGGCUCCCUUUCCUGGAGCACCUGGGACCUAUCCUGGGGCACCCGGAGCCCAGGCUCCCUUUCCUGGAGCACCUGGGACUUAUCCUGGGGCACCCGGAGCCCAGGCUCCCUUUCCUGGAGCACCUGGGACCUAUCCUGGGGCACCCGGAGCCCAGGCUCCCUUUCCUGGAGCACCUGGGACUUAUCCUGGGGCUCCCGGAGCCCAGGCUCCCUUUCCUGGAGCACCUGGGACUUAUCCUGGGGCACCCGGAGCCCAGGCUCCCUUUCCUGGAGCACCUGGGACUUAUCCUGGGGCUCCCGGAGCCCAGGCUCCCUUUCCUGGAGCACCUGGGACCUAUCCUGGGGCACCUGGAGCCCAGGCCCCCUUUCCUGGAGCACCUGGGACCUAUCCUGGGGCACCUGGAGCCCAGGCCCCCUUUCCUGGGGCACCUGGGACCUAUCCUGGGGCACCUGGAGCCCAGGCUCCCUUUCCUGGAGCACCUGGGACCUAUCCUGGGGCACCUGGAGCCCAGGCUCCCUUUCCUGGAGCACCUGGGACCUAUCCUGGGGCACCUGGAGCCCAGGCUCCCUUUCCUGGAGCACCUGGGACCUAUCCUGGGGCACCUGCAGCCCAGGCUCCCUUUCCUGGAGCCCAGCCUGGAGGUCCUGGAGCCCCCUAUCCUGGGGCACCUGGGGCCCAGCCUGGAGGUCCUGGAGCCCAAGCACAAUAUCCUGGAGCACCUGGGGCCCAGCCUGGAGGUCCUGGAGCCCAGGCACCAUAUCCUGGGGCACCUGAGGCUCAGCCUGGAGGUCCUGGAGCCCAAGCACCAUAUCCCGGAGCACCAGGGGCCCAGCCUGGAGGUCCUGGAGCCCAAGCGCCAUAUCCUGGGGCACCUGGGGCUCAGCCCGGAGGUCCUGGAGCCCAAGCACCAUAUCCCGGAGCACCAGGGGCCCAGCCUGGAGGUCCUGGAGCCCAAGCGCCCUAUCCUGGAGCACCUGGGGCCCAGCCUGGAGAUCCUGGAGCCCAAGCACCCUAUCCUGGGGCACCUGGGGCUCAGCCUGGAGGUUCUGGAGCCCAAGCAUUAUAUCCCGGAGUACCUGGGGCCCAGCCUGGAGAUCCUGGAGCUCAAGCGCCCUAUCCUGGAGCUCCUGGAGCCCAAGCGCCCUAUCCUGGUGCACCUGGGGCCCAGCCUGGAGGUCCUGGAGCCCAAGCACCAUAUCCCAGAGCACCUGGGGCCCAGCCUGAAGGUCCUGGAGCCCAAGUGCCCUAUCCUGGAGCACCUGGGACCCAGUCUGGAAGUCCUGGAGCCCAGACCCCAUAUCCUGAUGCAUCUGGAGCUCAGGCCCCAUAUUCUGAGGUUUCAGGGGCCCAACCUGGGGCUCCUGGGGCCCAAGUUCCAUAUCCUGGAGCCCAGCCUGGUUUUCCUGGGGUCCAACCUGGAGUUUCUGAAGGCCAACCGCCCUAUCCUGGAGCACCUGGUGUUGGAGCUACACCCCCAUCAUCUCCUUUCCUCCCCUCGACCACUCCUAUGGGGUAUUCUGAGACGCCUUCCCCUUCGACCAAUUUGGCUCCAGUUCGCUAUGCGGAGACCCUGGAUGCCCUGCGCUCCCUUUCCCAGCUGAAUGACCUCUACCAAACUCUCAGAGACCAGAUCGCCAUGCUGGACUACUACAAGUGUGGCCAUUCUGAUCUCCGCAGGCUACAGGACUUCCUCACUGAUGCACUUUAUAAGACCUUUGCUGCCAUUCCACCUAAUCUGUCAGAACAACUUGAUGCAAUGCGUUCCUUGGAAGAAGACUUCAAAUCUGAGAAAGAGGUGUUGAGGAGGAUUCAGAAUGCAAUUGAAGGAGAAUCGCCGGGAGAAGAGGCAGAGAAAAUAGAGGGAGCUAGUCAGAUCACCUUGCAAAUAGGUUAUCUCAGAGCAACAGUGCAGGAUAUAGAGAAAGAGCUAAAGGAGCUGAGACAGAAACAAGAUACGGGGAAAGCCACAUUGGAGCAAUCAAUGACGGACAAUGCCUAUUACCUCCAGGAGCAGUUAGACAAGCUUAGAUCUGUCAUAGAGAACAUGAUGUCCUCCUCGUCAACCUUGCUGUCCAUGAGCAUGCCACCCAUCCCAGAGUCUGGUGCAGCUCAAGUCCAAAGCACGUGCGCAGCCUGCAGCUUAGAUGUCAGUGAGAAGGUUAGCCAGUUGUUCAAGCGCUACGAGCAGCUGCAGGACUCAGUCAACAACUUCAUGUUGAGGCAGGCAGAAAGCAAGACGAAGAAACCCAAGCAACGCCAGGAAGAAGAGGUGCUCAACCAAAUCCAGAGUACUAUCCUGCAAGUCCAAGAAGACUGUGAGAAGCUGAAUGCCACUACUGGCACUCUGGUUGAAGAUCAUCACCUGAAACAGAAAGAGAUCAGUGCAUUGUACAAAUCACUGGAGAAACUGGAAAAUGAAAAAGUUGACAAAGAUUCCCUAGAGAUGGAAAUCCACGUGAAAGCAGAUAAGACUGCUCUUGCGGCAAAGGUCAGUCGCAGCCAGUUUGAUGCCACCACAGAACAGCUACAUAAGAUGAUGCAGGAACUGCUAAAUAAGAUGGUGGGGCAAGAGCAAGACUGGCAGAAAAUGCUUGACAAACUCUUGAUUGAAAUGGACUCUAAGCUGGACCGCUUGGAACUGGAUCCAUUCAGGCAGCAGCUGGAGGAUCGUUGGAAAGAUAUUCGGAAACAGUUGAAGCAAAGGGUUCCACAAGAUGAAGGUGAUGAGGCUGCAGGGAUCAGAAGGAGACUCCUGGCUCACUUUCACUGCAUUUCUUGUGACCGACCCUUGGAGAUGGUGGUGCCUGGCCCGCGAAUUACGACUCUCCCAGCUGUUCCAGGUUUACCUGCUCAUCAAUCCCUCCGGCCGUAUAUGGUUUAUGAAUUGGAACAAAUCAGGCAACUGAACCGCAACAAUUUGAAAUUAGGACCGGGUGUUCGUUAUGAUGCCCUGGAGAAGAGUGCUAGUCUGAACAAGUUACGCCGCAUCCAUUCCAAGAUGCUCAUGGACAUACAAAAGGUGCAGAGUCAUUAUGGCGGAGGUGCCAGGGUCAACGCUCAGAUGAUCAGAGAAGCCCUGCAGUCCCAGUAUCUUGGCUCAAGCCCUUUUGGCAAACGACUUCCAGAGAUGGCUGACUUCAGCUACAUGAGCGUACCUCGACAUUGUGGAGGCAGCCAUACCCUCACCCAUCCAUUCAGACGCUACGUGAAACUGCAACAGUUCAACCAGGGUACGCCCUCUGUCCAGCCAGAUGAAAACACCAUGCUGGCAAUGAUGAAGCACGAAGAAGUAGAUAUACUGGGUCUUGAUGGUCAUAUUUACAAAGGACGUAUGGACACACAUCUUCCAUCAAUAACCGGAAAGGAAUCUGUCCCGAGAACAAGAAGCAAGGUCAUUCGGUCUUCCUCACAAAGGCAUCACCCCAUGUUCAGUGACAUGGCCACCCUCCCAGCUCGCCCACAGACUGCAAAAGUGUCGGUGGGCGGCACCUCAGCUAAAUCAAUCACAGACAAGUCUCAGUUAAGGAACUCUGAAGAGUCUGGAAAUUUGGAGAGAGAAACUUUUGAGGUCCGAAUGACGAUUCCCUCGAGACAACGGUCUGAUGAGCAGUCUACCUAAGCCAAGAGGAGUCCAGUUUUGGACUCACAUAGAACGUGGUUUUCACUGAUGACGCCAGACAAU